GGCGGGGAAGGAGGCGCAACAUGGCGCUGCCCGCGGUGCUGCUGCGCGGGGCCGGGGGCGGACCCGCCGGUCUCCAGAGCCGCCUGCCGCGGCUCCUGCUGGGCGCCCUGGGCACGGCCCCCCCCGGCCCCCACCCCCGGCGCGGCCUCGCGGCCGAGGCUAAGAAGACCUACGUGCGGGACAAGCCCCACGUCAACGUGGGCACCAUCGGGCACGUGGACCACGGCAAGACCACGCUGACCGCCGCCAUCACCAAAAUCCUGUCGGAGUCGGGCAGCGCGCAGUUCAAGCGCUACGAGGAGAUCGACAACGCGCCGGAGGAGCGGGCCCGUGGCAUCACCAUCAACGCGGCCCACGUGGAGUACGCCACGGCCAACCGCCACUACGCCCACACCGACUGCCCCGGCCACGCCGACUACGUCAAGAACAUGAUCACGGGCACAGCCCCCCUUGACGGCUGCAUCCUGGUGGUGGCUGCGACCGACGGGCAAAUGCCACAGACCCGGGAGCACUUACUGCUGGCCAAGCAGGUCGGGGUGCAGCACAUGGUGGUGUAUGUGAACAAGGCGGACGCGGUGCCGGACCAGGAGAUGCUCGACCUGGUGGAGCUCGAGGUCCGGGAGCUGCUCACCGAGUUCGGCUACGACGGGGAGCGGACGCCCGUCGUGGUGGGCUCCGCCCUCUGCGCCCUCGAGCAGCGGGACCCCGAGCUGGGGCUGAACUCGGUGCUGAAGCUGCUGGAGGCCAUCGACACCCACAUCCCGCUGCCCGUCCGCGACCUCGACAAGCCCUUUCUGCUGCCCGUCGAGUCCGUCCACUCCAUCCCCGGCCGCGGCACGGUGGUGACGGGGACGCUGGAGCGCGGUACCAUCCGCAAGGGCGACGAGUGCGAGUUCCUGGGCUACAACCGUAACCUGCGGACGGUGGUGACGGGCAUCGAGAUGUUCCACAAGAGCCUGGAGCGGGCGGAGGCCGGGGACAACCUGGGGGCGCUGCUGCGGGGGCUCAAGCGGGAGGACGUGCGCCGAGGCAUGGUCAUGGGGAAGCCCGGCUCGCUGCGGGCCCACCAGAAGGUGGAGGCGCAGGUUUACAUCCUCAGCCCCCAGGAGGGGGGGCGGCACAAGCCCUUCGUUGCGCACUACAUGCCCGUGAUGUUCUCCCACACCUGGGACAUCGCCUGCCGCGUGCUGCUGCCGCCGGACAAGGAGAUGGUGAUGCCGGGCGAGGACACGCAGCUGAGCCUCAUCCUGCGGCAGCCCAUGGUGCUGGAGCAGGGCCAGCGCUUCACCCUGCGCGAUGGCUCCCGCACCAUCGGCACCGGCGUCGUCACCAAGACGCUGCAGCUCGGCCCCGAGGACGAGGCCAUCAACUGGGGGUAGCGGGCGGCCGCCGUGGAGCCACAGGUGGGGGGUGGCCGCCGGCGGGGGUCCCCAGGCGCCGGCGGGGGGGCCGCACAGCCGGCGGUGGACGGGGGACGCACAGCCGGCGGCGGGCAGAGGCGACGCCGCACGGCCCCCGCCCGUUAAUAAAGGUCUGGAAACGCGGCCGCGGCUCCGGCUGUCUCUGGGAAGGGCUCGCGGCGCCCCACACACGCACCCCAGUCCCGGCUGAAGUUAGUUUAAGAUUUUAUUUUUUUUUUUUAAUUUUUAAAUAUUUUUUUUAACGUAAUAAAAAGUCCGAGUGUGGCGUC